AUGAGCAGUCGUCGUGCUCUUUAUUUAACUUUAUUCGUCUUGUCUCGGUUCGAUUUAAUAAUAUCAUCGACUGCUAAUUGUCCUGUAGAAGCUGAUCCAGCAACCAUUCUCAGUUGUGUAGCUAUCGAUGCUGUUGGUUUGGUUUCAGCUACUAAAGGAAAUAUUAGAGUAUUUUGUACAAUGGCUGAACGUUUUAUGGAAUGUGUUAAAACAAAAACCCGAGGUUGUAUUGGUGAAGAAUUCGUACGUGGAUCUCUUUCAGAAUUAAUUGAAUUGUCACAAAAAUGUUGUGUAAAUAAAGAUGAAAAAAUGAGUGAAGAAUGUCCAUUUAUAACAAGACCUCAAUGUUUUUCUUUAAAUGAUACAACGAAAACACCAAAUGGAAAUGAAAUAUCCAUUGAAAAUCUUAAAAUAGGUGAAAAAGUAUUGGCUAUCAAUCAUAAUGAUCAAAUUAUACCAACAGAAAUUAUUGCUAUUUUACAUUAUGAAAAGAAUUCACCAGCCCUUUUUUACACCUUCACAACUGAAUCAGGUCAUCAAGUUUCUCUAACACCUGAACAUCUUCUUUAUAUUGGUAAUCAAACAUAUAUUCAAGCUCGUCAUAUUGAUUCCAAAGAACAUAAACUAUUUAUUGCCGGAAAAAAUGGUCAAUUAGAAUCAUCACGUAUUCGUUCGAUUGAUUUACAAAUUAAACAUGGCUAUGCAACACCAAUUACUCAACAUGGAACAUUACUUGUCAAUAAUGUCAGUUCAUCAUGCUAUGCAUCUAUUUAUCAUCAUUCUAUAGGACAUAUGGCUAUGGCACCUUUACGUUGGAUUCAUCAAGCUAAACAAAUAUUUGGUUUAAUUAAUAAGAACGAGACAAAUGAAAACGGAAUUCAUUGGUAUCCGAGAGCUUUAAACAAUAUUGUUCAUAUGUUUGUUCCUUUUCCUGAUAUAUUUACAACAACUACAGGCGUAAUCUAA